UCGUGUCAGGAAUACAGAGAUAUUGGCUUCACAACCUCUGGUAUCUACACUCUAACGCUAAGGACAGGUUUACAAUUCAAAGCUUAUUGUAAAAUGGAUCAUCUUGGCAAAGGAUGGAUAGUUAUGAUGAGGAAUGACGGCCAAGACGCCGCACUUUUUGACCGAGAUUGGGUGACCUACCAAAAUGGAUUCGGGGAUCUAAACUCGAAUUUCUGGUUGGGAAAUGAAUUCCUGCAUCAGAUAACCAAAGAUAAACCACAUGAACUGCACGUGGAUCUUCGGAAACCAGGCAGUGGUGCUUACGUAUUUUACAGCGGUUUCCAGGUUGCUAACAAAGACGAUGGCUACCGUCUCACUUUCGACGCCUCAUCCUAUGUCGGAACUGGUGGAAAUUCCCUGCCUCACCACAACAAUAUGAGAUUCUCCACACCAGAAAGAGACCUUGAUCCCGUUUCGGCGAACUGUGCCGCUGAGAGGAAAACUGGAUGGUGGUUUCACCACUGUUCUUUCGCCACGCCGACCAUGGUCCCAAUUCAUUGGGGAAACUGGAGCCCGCAAUUCAUCGACCUUAAAUUAAGGGCGAUGUCUCCAUAGAACAGUGAACAUAAAACCUGAAACGCUAACUUUUACAGUACGUACGUACAGUGUUAUACUUGGUUGAAGCCAAAAGUUGAAGCAAAAGACUGAGUUUUUGACUUCUCGUUCAAUUUUUAUAAAAAUAAGCAAAUAAUUGCAUCUUACAUAGUUCUAGACAUUCCUUGAUAAUUACUCUCUACUUUUGUCUCAAACGUUCAAAAACUCAGAAAAACUACCUUCACCAAAUUUCGCUUCAAAGAUGGCGGCCAAGUUAUUCGCGUUCCAGGUUUUAUUACAGUUCAUUGGCUUAGAACAAAUCCUCGCUUUUUUGCCCUUUCUACAUUUUGGUAACUAAAGAAAUUUAAACUUCAUGCCAUGGACGAUUUUCUAGGACGAUUUUCGAGUGGGGGGGCGAAGGUGGAAACAAAUCUAUUGGACAAAGAUGCUAUUGCUUAUUUUUCUUACUCAAUAGAGAUUCGCUUUCCCACUCUUCCACGGGAGGCUAUCCUAAGAAUUUUUUAUUACACACACGCGCGCACACUUCAGGGAAUGUCCUCCAAUUUGUGCUUGCUAUUUCUCUCAAAUGAAGAAUUAGAAAUGGUUUCUCGUUAGAACUUCUUUAUUUAUAUUAUGGAAAUAUUUUAAAAUAGGAUUCGGUUCCUAUUCUAUACUCCCUCGGCCUCCCCGUGCAAACACUAUACAUGCGUGAAACACAGACUUGCUUUAUAUACUAAUUUUCCAACAAAGUUACCUCUUUUAGAAACUUAUUGUAUUUCUAUUUUAAACAAGGUGCCUCUAUUAAAGAAGGUAUACGAACUUUGCCGGGCUGUU